AUGUCAGGGAACUACAAUUAUCCUCGUGCCUCUUCCUCUUCCUCUUCCUCUUCCUCUCGCUACACAUCCCGUACUACCAGACCUGACGAACGCCCUGAGAUCCUUCGUCUCCAGCAUCUCCGCAAUUUCGUAUCGGAACGAAAUCGCUCCGGUGCCCACAACGCCUAUAACGCCACCCUUGCCCUGGAAACAAUCAACCGAGAAGUCGCGGAGCAUUCUCUGGACCGAGUUCGCGAUCGGAUCAACUUUGAGCAAGCCGAAGCCGACGUCGAUCGCCAGAUCCAACUACAGUUCGAGACAGCUGGCCCCACGGAGCCAGUUCGGGGCAUUUGGAUCAACCAGCUUCACUCAGAACGGGCUCGAACCUCGCUUUCACCGGAGUCAAAUUCUGUUCACUAUCGUUUACCCUGGCAAACGCUCAGACCACCGAGCCCGGACGGAUCUUUAUCCAGGUCGCCAUCCCCCAUGCCACCAUCCGGUCAGUCGGGCCGUGAUGGCCAAGGACGAAUGAAGCGUCGGAAGCUGGACACUGACGAUCACCGUGAGGAAUUUCGAGGCUUCAACUAUGGUCAAUAUGGACAAGUCGUACCGGGAAUGCUGCAAAUGGAAAUCGCUAGCUGUGACGGAGGAAGCUACGAUCCGGAUAGUGCGUGCUCGCGUCCAGAGAACGUUUUGGACAACAAUACAAGUGUCUACUCUACGAAAGAAGCUCGUUGCAACUUGGUCCUCUGCCAUCGGGGCGAGGCCCCGUUUUGCUUGAAGAAGAUCGUCAUCAGAGCACCCCAAGGCGGGUUCGAUGCUCCAAUACAAGAAGGCAUGGUCUUUGUCGCGAUGACCUCUGAUGAACUGCUUGCCCGCACCGCCCAAUACCAAAUUCAAUACUCCAACAGCCGAUACCGCCGCACUGGCCGCCGCAGUGGCAUGCAACCAUCGCAGGAAUACCUCACUGGGUUCCGACCACCACUCCAACUCCUCGAACGCACAAUCCUCAUGAGCCCACAUUCAGUUGCGGUUCCGCAUACCGCAGAAGACCCGCAAGCGCAAUUCCGCAUCAUCACCGAGUACGAUGAGAAUAAUGAAGAUUCUGGAGAUGACGACAAUUGGCGCUCUGCAUUGCUCGAGAGAACCCAGGCUGAACAAACGGAAGAUCCUUUAUCGGAUACCGAUGAGAGUCCAAGCGAUGAGGAGGACCCUUCCAGCAGACAUCCGCGUCGCCGACAAGUUGAAUCGGAACGACUGGGAGCACUUAGCCGUGUCUCCGAGCAAAGACUGCGCCAUACCCCGAGUCUCGUGCAUCCAAACCCCCCAGCCGAGCCUGUUCAUGCAACUGCCGAAGUUUUGAAGCCCCAUGCGCGCUUUUUUAUCGAGCGAGAGAAGAGCAUGGUUACCAUCAAAUUUGAUCCGCCUCCCUCUGGCCGAUUCAUUCUCAUUAAGCUGUGGAGCCCGCGAGCCCACGGGAAUAUUGAUAUUGAAAGGAUCAUCGCACACGGGUAUGCAGGUCCGCGCUUCUUCCCAAGUAUCGCUGCUCGCUAG